AUGGAUCUCUUGAGCAUCACAACGGCUGUGUUUCAGAUUACCACAAUUUACCUUAGAGCUGCCAAAGACCUCAACGACAUACGGAACAAAUGGAAUCAUGCGCCCACUACCGUACUAUCCCUCUGUUCCCAGCUCAAACUCAACGAGGCCCUGCUUUCACGGUUGCAGGCGCUACUUCUUGACGAUGCGAAUCCUGUGCAUGCGGAGCCACCCGUUGUCGAUGCGCUCGAAGCGACUCUGAUGAGCUGGCUCGUGCUGGGGUCAUGCCUCGGGGAGUACGUGUCGAAGAUUAUGAAGGGCGUCCAUGGUGAUCGCAGCAUGAGCUCGAAAGCCAAAUUUAGGACUCUGUGGAAUGAGGCUGAAGUCAAGGACUUGUUGGAACAACUGCAUCAACAGUAUUCUGCGAUCAACACGUUGAUCGGCCCGCUGAACAGGUGA